AUGCUCACGGCCGAGGGUAUCCGUGCUUUGAAUCCCGUCGAGCUCGGCAACUUGGUUGCCUCCCUCGAGGCCUGGACGGGGGAGCGGGUCACCUUUCCUUCCCUUUCCGCGACCCCUCAGCGCCUCUCCAGUGUUAGCGAGACGUCCACAGCCUGCUGCUCCGUUCUCGCUGCACCUGCUACCUAUCCUCCGGUUAAUGCCACGGAUUCCACCCCACCCGGUCGGUUAAGCCCUGUUACUCCCGUCUUACCUACUGUCCCACCCAAAGAUGUCCCUCCUACUCCCACCCGCUCUGGACCCAGCGCAAAAGCCAAGGUUCAGCCUAAAGCUAAGUCCAACAGGGGCAGGAAGACCCACAAUGCCGCGGAACCUGGUACGCAGGUGGCUGCGCUUCGUCGGAAGCGCCAACCCCCCGCGUUGAAGCCGCCUCCAGACACGAACGGCCACCCUGACGAGGGGGUCGACCAAGACCCAGCGCCGUCUUCGCCCUUCACGACGACAACAUCUCGCCUCCUCUUCGUCGCACCUGUGACCACUGCAAGUGAGGGUUCGGGGUCCAGUGAAGCGCCUGCGCCGCGCCGCGGCCCUACCUGGGCAUUUAUGGAGAGCGCAUGA